AUGGCACCUAUCGUCAAAACUCUACCGUCUUACAUUAAGGACAGCCAACACGCACUUGAAAUUUUUCGUGACUUUAGUUUCCUCGACCAAAACAAACUUAUUUUCACCAUGGAUAUAACAUCUCUUUACACUGUCAUUCCCAAUGACGAAGGUCUCCGGGCCCUCAAACAUUUUUUUGAUCUACGCACUGUUAAGGAACCUAGCUCUGAAACACUGCUCCGUCUGGCCGAACUAGUACUCACACUCAAUUGUUUUUCAUUCGGUGGUAAUUACUACAAACAAACUAAUGGUGUGGCCAUGGGUACUAAAAUGGGACCCAGCUACGCCAAUCUUUUUGUAGGUUUUAUCGAACACCAAUUUUUUAGCCAAUACCACGGCCCAAAACCUCAACUCUACGGCCGCUACAUUGACGAUUGCAUCGGCGCUACCUCCUCUACCAAGGAGGAGCUCACUCAAAUUAUAACCGCCGUCAAUUCCUUUCAUCCGGCCCUUAAAUAUACUUGGCAAAUUUCCGACACUUCUUUGGCUUUUCUAGACAUCAAAAUUUCUAUUGAAGGCAACGGCUUAUGCACUAGUGUUUACUACAAACCUACAGAUUCACAUAGUUACUUGUUGUAUUCAUCCUCACAUCCAUCACACGUCAAGAACUCCAUACCUUUUUCACAGUUUCUCAGACUUCGUCGUUUAUGUAGUGACGACUCUGAUUUUUCCGAAAAAUCAGAGACAAUGUGCCAGUUUUUCGAUAAACGCGGUUAUCCUGUUUCUGUCGUUCAAGCGGGCUACCACCGUGCCCAACUAAUCGAUCGACAGGCAGCACUACAAACGGCCGAGAAGGAGAACACUGACCGCAUUCCAUUUACUCUUACAUUUCACCCUCACAACCACGCAGUUAGAUCUAUCAUUCUUAAAAAUUUUAAAUUACUCCAAAACGAUUCAGAGACUGGCACUAUCUUUUCGCAACCCCCACUUAUUUCAUUCAAACGCGACAAAAACAUCGGCAACUUUUUAGUCAGGAGUUCAUUUCUAACCUAUGACCAAUCUGGAACUUUUAAAUGCGCUCGCUCACGAUGCAAAACUUGUCCUUUCAUUCACAACGUAGAGAAAAUAUCGGGACCCAAAAGAUCCAUUAAGAUCAUUGAUCACUUUACAUGUACCUCCGCCAAUGUUAUUUACUGCAUAACUUGCACUUAUUGCAACAAGUUAUACAUCGGCGAAACAGGGAGACGACUGGGUGACCGAUUCCGAGAACACCUUCGCGAUGUGGAAAGAAAUGACAAGGACGCAUCCAAACCAGUCGCUAGACACUUUAAUCUUCCUUAUCAUUCUAAACAGCAUAUGGCAGUUUGCGGCCUUUCCUUACAUCUAGGCAGUUCGGAAAGCCGUAAAACACUAGAACAAAAAUUUAUAUUCCAAAUCGGCACCCUUAAUCCCCACGGAAUCAACGAGCGCUUUUCAUUCAACUAA